AUGUCACACCCCACAUCCACCGAACAGAGUUACCUGUGCACCCCAAAGGCCGUGAGUCUUGCCGAGAUGGCAAACAUCUUUGAGUUCGCCACAUCCCGAUUGCUGGCUAUUCGGAUGACCCUUGACACAAGUACUGUUGUCACAUCGUCCAAAGUGCGAUACAUUGUGACAAAGUAUCUGAUGUGGGAAGGAGAUAUGGAGCUCCUGAACUACCAGGAGUUCUAUGAUGCCUUCAUGAAGCUGCCGGUGGCGCCGUCCACCGCAUGGGUAACUGGCUGCAUCGCCGGGACAUAUCUAAUGUUAUGGUGGACUGAAGCCUUUCACACAGCUGACUACCAGACAUUUACCACCAACCUCCCCAACUUCCGUGACAUCAGGGAAAUGGUCAAUUCCCACUUUGAACAAUUGCCAGAGGGCCACUUGCUUGUGACGCCGGCGACUUUGGUUCACACAAGGUCAAUGCUGGUAGUGCAGCAGUUGGCCAAUAUCCAGGCUGGCAUAGUGCAAGAAGGAGAGCACAUUGUUGCAUUGUUGGAGAGCAAGGUUGUUGAGGCGCGGCUAGUUACAGCAUCAUUAUUGAGGAUGGAGACUGCAUUGGGUCAGGAUGUGCGCACCGCCAUCGCCGCAACAGAGCGGCUGGUGAAGUACUUGAAGAGGGAGGGAGAGUAA